CCGCGCCCCAGCGUUCUUCGCGUACAGGUGGCGAGCUCAGACCCGGGUGCGCGGCGACCCCGGAAGUCCCGCGCAGGGGCAGGUGGGCCCUGGGCCCGGGCGGCCAUGGCAGUGGCUACCGUGGCGGCGUUACUGGCCGCACUGGGUGGGGCCCUGUGGCUGGCGGCCCGGCGGUUCGUGGGGCCCAGCGUCCAGCGGCUGCACCGAGGCGGGGACUCCGGCCUCAUGCACGGGAAGACAGUGCUGAUCACGGGUGCGAACAGCGGCCUGGGCCGCGCCACAGCCGCCGAGCUGCUACGCUUGGGGGCGCGAGUGAUCAUGGGCUGCCGGGACCGUACGCGCGCCGAGGAGGCGGCGGGUCAGCUCCGCCGCGAGAUCUGCCAGGCUGGGGGCCCCGAAUUGGGGCCUGACUCCGGCGGGGCCGGCGAGCUCGUCGUCAAAGAGUUGGACCUCGCCUCGCUUCGCUCCGUGCGCUCCUUCUGUCAGGAGGUGCUCCAGGAAGAGCCUAGGCUGGAUGUUUUGAUCAACAACGCAGGCAUCUUCCAGUGCCCAUAUAUGAAGACUGAAGAUGGGUUUGAGAUGCAGUUUGGAGUGAACCAUCUGGGGCACUUCCUCCUCACCAAUCUUCUCCUUGGCCUCCUUAAAGGUUCCGCUCCCAGCAGGAUUGUGGUAGUUACCUCCAGACUUUAUAAAUAUGGAGACAUCAACUUUGAAGACUUGAACAGUGAACAGAACUAUAAUAAAAGCUUCUGUUAUAGUCGGAGCAAACUGGCUAACAUCCUUUUUACCAGAGAACUAGCCCGCCGCUUAGAAGGCACAAACGUCACUGUCAACGCGUUACACCCGGGCAUGGUGCGGACCAACCUCGGGAGGCACAUACACAUCCCACUGCUAGUCAGACCACUUUUCAACUUGGUUUCAUGGGCUUUUUUCAAAACUCCACUAGAAGGUGCCCAGACUUCGAUUUAUUUAGCCUCUUCCCCUGAGGUAGAAGGUGUGUCAGGAAAGUACUUUGGGGACUGUAAAGAGGAAGAACUAUUGCCCAAAGCUAUGGAUGAAUCUGUUGCAGGAAAACUCUGGGAUGUCAGUGAAGUAAUGGUUGGCAUAUUAAAAUAGGAACGAGGAGUGGAAGAGAGCUGUUUGUAAGACUGGAUGUCAGCUCUAUCGUUUGGGGGUGUUUUUUUUUGGCUACUCCACGUGGCUUGUGGGAUCUUAGUUCCCCAACCAGGGAUCUAACCCGGGCUCCCAGCAGUGGAAGCAUGGAGUCCUAACCACUGGACCGCCAGGGAAUUCCCUGGAUGUCAGCUCUAUCUUUGAUCAGGAAUGGUGUGGCUUGGGCACUUGCUACUUGAAAAUGCAAUUUUGGUUUUACUAUAGUAGUGCUAAGAGGUACAUAGAGAUUUUUUUUUUUUUUUU